UUAUCGCUAAAGCUAUAUUGGACUGCGUCUCCACUGAUGUUGUUGCGGCUGUAGCCCCAUUUCAGGUUUGUGUGGGCAUGCCAUCUGCGUGUGAGGCUGCGGUCCUUGCUGUGCAGAGCCAGUAUUUGGAUCCGGAAACAGAGGCCAUUUUGUUCAUAGAUGCGUCUAAUGCAUUUAAUGCUGUUAACAGACAGGCAGCGCUUCAUAACGUUCCUCGGGUGUGUCCUGCCGUAUCCACAAUCUUCCAAAACACAUAUGGCGCUCCAAUAUCGUUGUUUCUGCCGGGUGGUGACAGGAUCUUGUCUCGAGAGGGUACUUGCCAGGGCGAUCCUUUGGCCAUGGCACUGUUUGCGCUGGCUAUUAGCCCUAUGAUCAGACGCCUGUCAAGUGACCACCCAUCUAUUGGCCAGUGCUGGUAUGCGGAUGACGGCGAGGCUGGUGGAAGGAUGAUGGACGUGCACAAGUUUUGGUUGGCUUUGUCUGACAUUGGACCGGAGUAUGGUUAUUUCCCCAAUGCCUCAAAGACGACACUCCUUGUCAAGCCGGAUUUUGAGCGGGCGGCCGUUGACAUGUUCGAUGCCACUGGUAUUGCAAUACGAACCGGUGGAGCGAGGUACCUGGGAGGUGCUGUUGGCCAGUCGACGUUCAUUGCCGAUAAUCUCGAUAGCCACAUUGCGAGUUGGGUGCGGGAGAUGAGCCUCUUGGCUGACAUCUCGCUUACACAGCCCCACGCCGCAUAUUCCGCAUUUGUCCGUGGUAUGAAGAGCAAGUGGAAUUAUCACAUCCGAAGUCAUCCAGGGUCGGCUUCUUCGUACAGACCACUGGAUGAUGUCAUAAAUAAUAAAUAUAUCCCUACCUUAACUGGCCGGACGGAGGUUUCUGAUUCGGAGCGGAAGCUGCUGGCAUUACCAGUGCGAUAUGGUGGCCUCGCUAUUCCUGUGGUGUCGGAGGACGCAGAGGUGCAGCGCCGGAUAAGUGAAGUUGUCACUGGGCCCGUCGUGCGAAUGCUGCGGUCGGGGUCCAAUGAGUUGACGCCGGCUCGGGUUGUUUCCGACACCAGCGUUCUCCGGAGACAUCAAAACAAUCAACGUGCUGAUAUGCAUAGGACCCAGCUGUCAGAGCUGGCCCCUGCCCUAAGUGGCCCUCAGCGUGUUCUGCUGGAAACCUCCAGAGAUGCCGGUGUGGGAAGUUGGCUUACGGCGGAGCCGCUUGCCUCCUGUGGAUUCGUCUUGAACAAGUCCGACUUUCGUGAUGCAGUGGCAAUUCGUUACGGCUGGCCACUUGAUGAAUUACCAUCAUCCUGCGUAUGUGGAGCGGCCAUGACGCUUGAUCACGCUGCAGUAUGUCCAACAGGGGGCUACCCAAGUCUACGCCAUAAUGAGAUCCGGGACCUGUUGGCGGAGGUGUUUUCGGCUGUCAUUUCUGAUGUAAGGAUAGAGCCUACGUUGCUGCCUUUGACUGGUGAGUCAUUGGAUUGUGCCACUGCCAAUCGUUCUCCUGAGGCUCGUUUGGACAUUUGUGCAAGGGGCUUCUGGUCUCGACAGCAAGAUGCAUUUUUUGAUGUGAGGGUCACCCACCCCUCGGCGUCCUUGCUGUCGAGAUCGGAUGUACUUGCCCAGUUGUCUCGUAACGAAGCACAGAAGAAACGGGCCUAUCUACAACGUGUGAUUGAUGUUGAUGUUGAGCGAGGCACCUUCACACCUUUGGUUUUCGCGACCAAUGGUAUGUGCGCUUCCGAAUGUUCCCGUGCUCUAAAGAACAUUGUUCAGCUCAUUGUCGAGAAGCAGCCAGAGCUUAGUUAUGCAAUAGUAAUGUCGCAUUUGCGCUGCAGGAUCUCUUUUACUUUGCUCCGCUGGCUGAUUACUUGCUUUCGUGGGUGCAGAGCUUCAUACUGCCGAAAGCGUGUAGCAAUUUCAUUCCUGGACCAAUGCCGUUUGCUCCAGUUGUGA